AUUUUCCACAUUUUGUCAUGUUACAACCAAAAACGUACCGUAUUUUUCGCUCCAUAAGAUGCACCUGACCAUAAGACGCACCUAGGUUUUAGAGGCAGAAAACAGGAAAAAUAAAAUUCUGAACUAAUGGACUGCAGACACAGAGAUGACCAGAGACUGCGGACACAGUACAGGAGAUGCCCAGAGACUGCGGACACAGUACAGGAGAUGACCAGAGACUGCGGACACAGUACAGGAGAUGACCAGGGACUGCGGACACAGUACAGGAGAUGACCAGGGACUGCGGACAUAGUACAGGAGAUGACCCAGAGACUGCGG